CUUUCGUUAUUCACAUGUUCAUAGCAAACUUUGUCCUCUUUUCCUCUUGGUGUUUUGCUGUUGAUUCUUUCAGAAAAGUUGUAGUGCAAUUUGUGUGGUUUCAAAUCCAUAUAAAUUCAAUUGUAUGGUACGAAAGCAACGUUGAUAUUUAUCCAUCAAAUCUUUGAAUGAUUGCCAAAUCUUGUUGGUAGUAUUAUAUAUAUUACACUUUCAAUUAUGUUAGUGUGCUUAUUUUGAGUUUGUAUGUGAGAGAAAACAAAGAGAACAACAAAAUACAAAUAAUGGAGGGAGUUGAUAAUGUGGAAAGCAAAGAAUGUUACAUGGCAGCCUAUUCUAGAGAUGGUGUACCAUCAUCUGAUCAUCUCAAGUUUAGAAUUGUUAGUUUAUCCUUAGCCGUUGAUUCGAUCCCCGAUGAUCAUAUCGCUAUUCGGAGCCUUUGGAUCUCGGUCGACCCGUAUCUACGCUCCAGAAUGACCGGUGUUGAAGAGGAUGGUCUUAAUGUCACCCAGUUUCCCAUUAACCAGGUGAUUGUAUCAUAUGGUGUAGGGAAGAUUGUUAAAUCGAAGGAUGAGAAGUAUAAGGAGGGUGAUUUGGUAGUUAUCGCAGAAAUGCCUGUUGCAGAGUAUAGUGUUUUACCCUCUAAAGCUGUCACUACUAAAAUUGAUCCUGCCUUAGAAGUCAGCCCUUCAGAGUAUCUCAAUGUACUUGGCGUACCGGGUUAUGCAGCAUGGGUAGGAAUACAAGUAAUAGGAAAGCCAAAGGCAGGGGAAAAUGUGUUCAUUUCUGCUGCUGCUGGGGGUGUUGGCAUGAUUGCUGGCCAAUUGGCUAAACUUAAAGGUUGUCGGGUUGUUGGAAGCACCGGAUCUGAUGAUAAGGUGAAACUAUUGAAGGAGGAAUUUGGGUUUGAUGAAGUAAUUAACUACAAGAAAGAACCAGAUCUUGACGCUGCUUUAAGCAAAUACUUCCCUAAUGGAAUUGAUAUAUACUUCGAGAACGUGGGAGGAAAAACUCUUGAGGCUGUUCUCAAUCAUGUUAAUACGUAUGCACGUAUUCCACUUUCUGGAAUGAUAUCCCAAUACAAUGAGGUUUGGACAGAAAGGGAAGGAGUGAGAAAUCUAUUGAACAUGGUGGGAAAGGAAGUUCAUAUGCAAGGAUUCAUGUUGCGAUCAUAUAUGCACCUAUUUGGAGAUUUUGCGACAGAAAUGGGUGGAUAUUUGAAGGAACAAAAACUUACUUCCAAACUUAAAAUCAACAAGGGUAUUGAGAGCUUUUUAGAUAGCAUGGGUUCACUUUUUACAAGUUCCAAUAUUGGGAAAGUGGUCAUUCAAGUUUAAAGCCAUUACUUUAACUUGGCCCAUUUGCCCUUAUUUUUCUAGUUUACUCUAUGCUAGUUAUAUUUAUGGAAUCUUUUAAUAAACUAUAAUGUACCAAUGUAUCAAGUUUGAAAAGGAAAAUAUUGUUUGUCAUGUGAA